UUACGUUGUCCUACUCCUACACACACUCUACACUUCAAGAUUUUUCCAAAAAUUCACAAUUUGCCGACAGAAAAAAAAAUAAAAUUCAAUAUCUAAUGAAUAACUGAGUAGGAACUAUGAGUGUUACACCAAAAUUAGAUGAUCUGAUUCAAUCAGUUACACUAUAUACUCGUAUACCUUCUCUACUUCACUUGUACUGCUUACCAUUCCUAGUUAUUUAUUCAGCAUGGCUGUACUUGUGGUUAGGAAUUUAUGGUUUUUAUGAAUAUUAUGAAGGGGGUUUCCUCGGACUAGCUGCUAUAGGAUGUCUUCAGAUACUAUGCAGUCUGGCAUGUUAUUGGUCUGUUCAUGUUAAUUGUUGGUUUUCUUGUAUAAGGGAAAGAGAUCCCUUGAAAGCCACAGUUGUUAAAGUUAUACCUACACCUAACAAUGGAAGUUCAGAGCUUGUUUGGCUUAGAAAUACCAAGAAUGAAAGGGGUACUGCAAUUUGGUUCAUCUUCCAAAAAACGAAGUACAUAUGGGACUCGGACAAAAAAACGUUCAGAGGCCUGGAAUUCCCCAUCAACAAAACCUUCGCGGAAUACAUGUCCUGCAAAGGAUUCCAAGAGGAGUUGGACGUGAAAGAAGCCGACCAGCUCUACGGCAAAAACGACCUCGACAUGGUGGUCCCCGAGUUCCUCGAGCUCUUCCUCGAACGAGCCACAGCGCCCUUCUUCGUCUUCCAAGUGUUCUGCGUCGGCCUGUGGUGUCUGGACGACUUCUGGUACUACUCGCUCUUCACCCUGGUCAUGCUGGUGCUCUUCGAGUGCACCCUGGUGCAGCAGCAGCUGCGCAACAUGGACGAGAUCAGGAAGAUGGGCAACAAGCCCUACCCCAACCUGGUGUACCGCAACAGGAAAUGGCGGAUGGUGCCCACGUCGGAGCUGAUCCCCGGUGACGUCAUAUCGAUAAGCAGGUCUCAGAAGGACAAUCUGAUACCGUGCGACGUGGUGCUGAUCAGGGGGUGUUGUAUUGUGGAUGAGAGCAUGUUGACUGGGGAGAGCGUGCCUCAGAUGAAGGAGGCUAUUGAGCAUUUCGAUCAGAAUAGCGUGCUAGAGCCGGAGGGAGAGGGAAAGUUGCAUGUGCUUUUUGGAGGUACCAAGGUGGUGCAACACACCCCACCCACCAAGGCCACCACAGGGUUGCGUCCCCAAGAUAACGGAUGCGUCGCGUAUGUCUUGAGGACCGGCUUCAACACCUCCCAGGGAAAGCUGCUGCGCACCAUCCUGUUCGGAGUCAAGCGUGUCACCGCCAACAACAAGGAGACAUUCGGAUUCAUAAUGUUUCUUCUGAUCUUCGCUAUUGCUGCUGCUUGGUACGUGUGGACCAAGGGAUCCGAGGACCCCAAUAGGAACAGGUACAAGCUGUUUUUGGAGUGUACUUUGAUUCUCACCUCGGUCAUACCACCGGAGCUGCCGAUAGAGCUGUCUCUGGCGGUGAAUACUUCGUUGGUCGCGUUGUCCAAGCUAGGCGUGUUCUGCACGGAACCCUUCCGCAUCCCGUUCGCCGGCAAAGUCGACAUCUGCUGCUUCGACAAAACGGGCACUCUCACCAGCGACGACCUCGUCGUCGAAGGCGUCGCUCUGGCCCAAAACGACGCCCGAGUGACGCCCGUAGCCGACCUGCCGCUCGACACCGUCCACGUGCUCGCCACGUGCCACUCGCUCGCCCAAUUGGACGACGGUUUAGUGGGGGAUCCCCUGGAGAAGGCGACGCUGACGGCGGUCGAGUGGGGCGUCACCAAAGCGGACGCCGUAGUGCCGAAGAAGGGGCGGUCGCCGGGGAUGAAGAUUUUCCAUCGAUUCCACUUUUCGUCCGUGUUGAAGAGAAUGUCCGUCAUAGCCGGGUACAAUCCGAUGGGAUCCACCGACACCGUUUACCUCUGCACAGCCAAAGGCGCUCCGGAAGUACUGAAGUCCAUGUUCGCGCAAACACCGGAAAAGUACGACGAAGUGUAUCUGGAAUUGUCCCGCAGAGGGGCGAGAGUACUAGCACUAGGUUAUAAGGAGAUGGGCAAACUGUCGACGCAAGAGCUUCGCGAUGCGACGCGAGAAGAAGCCGAGAAAGACCUCAAGUUCGCCGGCUUUGUCAUCAUCUCCUGUCCCCUCAAGGCCGACUCGAAAUCGGUCAUCAAGGAGCUGCAGCACGCGUCGCACAAGUCGGUCAUGAUAACGGGCGACAAUCCCCUGACGGCGUGUCACGUGGCCAAGGAGUUGAAGUUCACGUCGAAGUCCACGCUCAUACUCACCGAGAACGAGGACACCUUCCAUUGGCGCAGCAUAGACGAGACCCGUACGCUGCCUUUGGACUAUGACUACAAGAGGCUCGUCGAAGAGCACGAUCUGUGCGUCACCGGCGACGGUCUGAACCACCUGCGCGACAACUACCACGCCUUUCUCAACCUCAUCCUGCCCCACGUGGCCGUCUUCGCUCGCUUCGCCCCCAAACAGAAGGAGUUCGUCAUCGUCAAGCUCAAGUCUCUGGGCUACACAACCUUAAUGUGCGGCGACGGCACGAACGACGUGGGGGCGCUGAAGCACGCCGACGUCGGCGUCGCCAUCUUAGCGAACGCCCCCGAACGCCUGCCCGACGUCAGGGUACAGAGGGAGCAAGCGGAAAGGGAGCGCGAGAGGGUGCAAAGGGAGUUGCGGGAGGCGGAGAGGAGGGAGGCGGAGAGGAGGGCUGGCAACAGGGCGAAUCACGUGCGAGGAAUGAUGGAGCAGAGAGAUCGGAUGCAGUCGAAAGUUGACAAGAUGAUGAAAGAAAUUGAGGAAGCUGACCGGGCCCAGAUCGUGAAGUUGGGAGAUGCCAGUAUUGCAUCGCCUUUUACCAGUAAACUGUCAUCUAUUAUGUGUGUGUGUCAUAUAAUCAAGCAAGGCAGAUGCACACUCGUCACCACUCUACAAAUGUUCAAGAUCCUCGCGUUGAACGCCCUGAUUUUGGCGUACACCCAGUCGGUUCUCUACUUGGACGGCAUCAAAUUCAGGGAUCUACAAGCGACGUUGCAAGGGCUCCUAUUGGCCGCGUGUUUCUUGUUCAUCUCGAGGUCCAAGCCACUGAAAGUAUUGUCUAAACAGAGGCCGCUGCCGAACAUCUUCAAUUGGUAUACCAUUCUGACGGUGUGCACGCAAUUCGUAGUGCACUUUGUCUGUCUCAUCUUCCUCGUUCAACAAGCCAAACUGAGAGCUCCUGUAGAUGACCCACUUAAUGCCAAUGCGACUGACAAUGCAAUCGAAAUAUCUGAGGAAGAAAAGGAUAAGUUGUUCAAGCCAAACAUAGUAAACAGUACUGUUUAUAUAAUUUCUAUGUCCCUGCAAAUUGCAACGUUCGCCAUCAACUAUAGGGGGAAUCCAUUUAUGGAGAGUCUGAGGCAAAAUAAAGCUUUGUUGUACAGUAUAAUGGGCUCGGGAGGAGUAGUUCUAGCUUUGACGUUAGGAAUUGUGCCUGAACUAUCAGAGCAGUUCGAAAUAAUCGAUUUCCCUCCAGAUUUUCGAAUAAUUUUGCUGCAAGUCCUUUUCGCAGACUUCUUCUUCUCGUUUUUAGUGGACAGGAUAUGUUUGUGGCUAUGUGGUGAAGGAAGUGCGAGGAUAUCAUAGGGAUCAUCCCACCUCUAGAAAAUUGAAGAUUUUAACAGGUUAUUAAUUUAUUUAUUAGGUCAUUCCAAGUAUUCAGAACAAAGAGGAAGGAGAGGAUAUGAUGGAAUCCUCUGUUAUUCACGGUUUUUGUGAAUAUGAAAAAUAAAACAUGUUUUGUACG